AUGAGCUACUACUAUGGCAACUACUAURGUGGCCUGGGCUAUGGCCUUGGUGGCUUCAGUGGCCUGGGCUAUGGCUAUGGUUCCCGCUAUGGCCUUGGGGGCUAUGGUGGUUAUGGCUAUGGCUACUUCCAUCCCUCUUUCUAUAGAGGAUACUAUUCAUCUGGAUUUUACUGA